CCGCUGUGAGGUCUGGUUCCAGGCUAUAGAAGUGGAUUCCCCAUCAGCACCGCGCAGUUUGAGGAGUCAUUCAACAAUUAAUAAAAAAAGAGUCAGAAAGGAGAAAAUUUUCUAGUCGGCUCCUUUUAAUAGUCACGCAAGACGACUUUUUUGGGUCCUUGUUCCUCUUUGCCUGCCUGCCUCUUACUACCACUACCACCGCCACAACUACUUUACAAGCUCUCCCUUGACCUCUGGUCUCCCCGUUCUUGUUCAGUUCGUCAUCAGUUGACUCUGUUGCGUCUACAUGUCCAUUACGCCAUUCUCGCUUACCGGAUUGGGCUUCCGCGCAUUGAGUCAUUCAGCCUAGACUGCGAUCUAUAUACUUCCCGCAUCGCAACCACUUGCACCCCAUAACCCUUCACAUCAAUCACUCCUAUCUUCCAACACCACAUCACAUCUCUUCACCAUGCCAGCAUCAAUCAAUUACCGUGUCGUUGAACCGCAUCCAUCGGUCCCUCACACCAGCCGUCCCGCUCUGCACACGGCUCGCGGAGGCGCCGGCAAUGUCAUCAAUCUGAAAGGCACCAAGACCACCGACUCUCGGACAGCUACCGGUCCCGCCUCCUUGACGCGUCUGGACUCGAAUGUCCCCAGUACCUUCAAGUCCGGCCGUGGCGGUGCCGGCAACGUUCACAGUAGCACCGAGCGUGCCAUCUUCAGCUUUGAUGAGGAGCUUGAGCGCGAUAUUCGCCGUGCAGCCCCCGUCUACCAUGUCGGUCGCGGUGGAGCCGGCAACAUGGUCUUCAGCGACGACUCUUCCAGCAGCCUCAGCCGCAAGUUCUCGAUCAGCAGCAAUGGUACCUCGAGCAGCUCCGGUUCCACGCGGGAACGGGCUCUCCGCAGCAUCGAGAAGGGCUGGGGCAAGCUUAGGGGCAUGACAUAGGGGUGAAUAGGGGUUUCUUUGCAACCACUUUCAGCGCCGUCCUAUUGUUUCCAUUGCCGCCUACAAGCGUUGCGCUUCAGCAGAUCAUGACUCACGACUCACGACCACCAAAAAAGUUUUUGCUUCACCAUUCGAUUCGCAUUUGAGGAUUGCCACUAUCCUAUCUUACUACGCCUUUAAUCAUCCUCAUUCUUCAUUACUCGACCGCUUCUGAUUGAAAUCAAUUGGUGCCAUCUUCUGCGCCACC